CAACAAUCGAGAGAUACGGACGUGUUUGAGUUGGUCGCGGAUGCAAAGAAAAAAAUACAUUUUAAUGACAAAAAAGGUUAAAAAAUAACGCGAUAGUUGAGUGCUUUGGGGUGGAAAAGCGGGCGUGAAAAUGUGGUAGCCAUAUAACUUGGUGAAAUUGCACCACUGACUCGCUAAGAGACACCAACCAACCAACCACACAAAGUUCGCCCACACACAUACACGCAUUUGUUGUAUUAUAUCGAGAAUACAGGAAAAACGGUUCGAAACGAAUACAAAAAAUAGAAAAAAGUGAGAAACGUGCGAACAUCGAGUGUUAUGAAAAUGUGCUAAUAUUACAUGGAAAAUUGCACGAAAAAAAAGAUGGUCGCCUACAUAUAAUCGUUUCCAUAUAUAUAUAAAAGCACAUCAUGUCCGAGAAGGUCAGCACUUCCCUUGCUGCUCAGCUGCAUAAUCAUGCAUUGACAUCAAGCGAAGCGGCAACAACGGUAGCCAGUUGCCACCAUGUGGCAGCACCUGCAAAGGAAACGGCACAACAACAGCAGCAGCAGCAGCACCAGCAGCCACUCCAAUUCGAAAUGGAUGGACCAGCAGCAGCGAUAAGUGCACAAUUGAAUUUUAAAAUUAUGCCCGCUGACAGUUUGCCCGGUUUGAGCUAUCAGGAAAUGUUUGCUUCGAUGAAUACAUCACAAAUUUCGAAUGCCUCGACAGAGUCCAGCUGUAGUCCACCGUCGGUGGGUAUUGGGUGUGGUCCCCCAAAGCCGGCGAGACACAUGGCCGUACAGCCAAUGAUUAGUAAAUCCUGUCGCUUUCCCAAGCUCGAAGAAUGUGCCCAUUUUCAUUACGAGAGAGUUCAAUUGGGAGCUCUGUCUGUCCAGCUGCUCGACGAUAAAUCAGAGCAAUUGAGCAACAGUAUUGCCUCGCAAUCAAUUGGCGGUGAUGUGGCCCACAAUUCCUUGAGAAGUUUCUCACCCGAAAGCUGUUGGUUCAUCAUACGAGUGUGUCCGCAGCGUUGUGAACCGUUUCUGAUUAAGCGCAGUUUUGAGAAUAUGCAAAUGCUGGACGAGAUGUUGCAUCGUUGUGUCUAUGAUCGUAAGAUCAGUGGCCUACGUAAUAUGUCCGAGCUGGAGGCAGAAUUACCCAGUGAAUCAGAUGUGGAAUAUGCUGUGGCCAAAUAUUUGGAGCGUUUCUCGAAAAUUGCCUCUGAUUCGUUGACAUGUGGAACUGUCUUGACAUGGCUUCAAUUGGAUAAUAAGGGACGUCGCCUGCCCCUGGCCGAUGGUGAAACUCAACGUACCAUUAAUACUCCUGCUGUGGGCGCUGCCUAUGGCGUUAGACGCUAUCAGGCACAGGCUCCGGAUGAAAUUAAUAUCGAAGUUGGCGAUAUGAUCUCAGUGAUCGAUAUGCCAAGUCCAGCGGAAUCCGUUUGGUGGCGUGGCAAGAAAUCUCAUUUACAGAAAUCUCACUAUGAAGUUGGUUUCUUUCCACAAUCGUGUGUGGCUACUAUUGGGGAUAAGGUACCAAGAAAUUUCCCUAUGCCAGCACCAUUGGUCGGCCAUUUGGACAGUGUGUCACCCACAAAGCCGGUAUUGAGAAAACAUGGCAAAUUGAUUGCCUUCUUUCGUUCGUUUAUUCUGUCACGACCCUCGCGACGACGUCUCAAACAGAGUGGCAUUUAUCGGGAGCGGGUCUUUAAUUGCGAUUUAUCGGAGCAUUUACUCAACAGUGGUCAAGAUAUACCCAUGGUGCUGAAAUCUUGUGCAGAAUUUAUUGAGAAUUAUGGUGUAAUCGAUGGCAUUUAUCGCCUGUCGGGCAUCACAUCGAAUAUACAACGUUUGCGGCGUUCCUUUGAUGAGGAGCGUGUUCCUGACUUGGGUAAUCCCGAAAUGAAACAGGAUAUCCAUGCAGUGAGCUCACUAUUGAAAAUGUAUUUCCGUGAAUUGCCCAAUCCUUUGUGCACUUAUCAAUUGUAUGAUAAUUUUGUUGAGGCUAUACAAGUGAAAGCCGAUGAGGCCGACGAACGAUUGCGUUUGAUGAAGGAAACCGUGCUAAAGUUACCGCCGCCGCAUUAUCGUACUUUAAAAUACUUGGCCGAGCAUUUGUUUAAAGUGUCACAACAUCAUGAACGAACUGGGAUGACGGAUAAGAAUUUGGCCAUUGUCUGGGCUCCGAAUUUGCUACGUUCUCCGGCAUUGGAAUCUGGUGGUGUGGCCGCCUUACGUGGCGUUGGCGUUCAAGCGGUAGUCACUGAGUACCUGAUACGCAAUUGCCAUAAUAUAUUUGAUGCCAUUGAAGAUCACAAUGCUGCACGUUUGAGUGUGGCAACAGCGGCAGGAGCUGGAACUGGAAUUGGGGCCACAGGCGAACUUCGUCUCGAAUCGUUGACAGAUUGUGAGAGUUUAUUGGUGGAGCAACGAGAACAGGAUCAGUCCUUAACGGUGGUCGAACGGCCCAAGAGUUUAAGUACAGGCGGAGCCAAGCUAAUUAGCCUGGAAGAGGCUCAAGAGCGUCAUUCACGCAUCGAGGCUACCGAUCUGAAGCAAUCUCUGCCCAUUAGUAUGCUCUCCUCGACCAGUAAUGCGGCCACCAAUAUUGGUUCUUACAUAGAAGUGGGCGGAGGACCAUCUAGUUUGCCAGAUAAAUACCAUACAGUGCUAUCAGCUCCAAGAAGUUGGCAGAAACGUAAACCGGACAAGACGCCGUCUUGGAAAUCCAUUUUCACGCGCAGUCAACGUCAAGGUAGUGUCGAUCCUGGCCAGAAACUGGUAGGCCCACAUGAUGCAGCAAGCGCAGGCGGCGGCGGCAAGGAACCAUCAAGUUCUCGAGUUAAUUUUGUUCAAGCAUCGCAUGCUCAUGCCAGCAAAGAGCUAUCGAAACUGGAUAAGCCCAAGUCCAUUGAGCUAUUGGAGACGACACAUGAGAUGAGGGAAUCAAAGCCCAUGGAAUUGUGUAUACGUUCCAAUUCGAUUGAUAGUCUGCGCACUGUGGGUCACUCUCGCAGUGUUUCGCAUGAUUCAUAUUUCGAUUUAUUGCAAUCUCCACAGCGUGGCCAUAUGACCACCUGCCCAUCGCGUGAGUUAUCCGAAUUGGGGCUUAAUUUUGAUCGUGAAGAACCAGAAAUGCGCAUUUUCUCUGAAAGCGAGAGUCUAGUUAGUUCGCCGCGUGUGGGCAAAGAGAAUGUUCCACCCGCUUCGGGAUGUGCCACGCGUCGUAUUAUGCGUGCACGGCCCGAGGAAUUCUCCAGUCAAACGAAUAGCGUUAAUCCCAGUCCCAAAAAGCAACCGCGUCUUAAUCUAUUAUCACCCAGCACGGCCAGAAGUCUUCCACAUGCCACAAGCAGCAACGCCAGCGGCGGCGGCGUAGUGCACACCGCAGCAGCGAAUGCACCGUGUGGCCAUGAACCAGCUGGUGCUGAGAAUUGUUGCAAGCGUUAUAAGCUAGAGGAUCAGCUAUCUGAUAUACAAUUCAUUGAUUGUGGUACUCCGGAGCAUGCUCCGACAACACAACAACAAUUUGCCAGCGUGGAAGUGCAUUCACCACCGCCACCAAAGCCGGCUAGAGCAGCUAAUCAUCAUUCAGCCGGCGUAGAGGCGCCCCUCUCCGCAUCAUUAACGACGGCGGCAACACCCGCGAAUGCCACAACUCGUUAUAGUUAUCCCCAAGUGCAGUUGGGAGCAAAGCGCAAGGAGAAACAAGUGGCCAAAGAACGUUUCAGCUAUCCGGGCACAAACAAUGAGACGCAACCAAACACAAUUCCCCCACGACCCAAGCACAAUCAUGCGACGCCUCCGUUGCGUAGUAAACCCAGAAUUGAAACAUCUGAGGAUUCGCAAGUGAAAUUAACUGUACCCACACCAACCACUCCAGCCCAUAGUCCACGCUAUUCGUUGCUUCUAUGCGAUACAGAGGAGAGUUCGGAAAAUAGUUCGGCUGUGAAUACACCACAAUAUGAUAUGGAACCAUUGAUGCUAACCUCAGCCAUGUCGGGCAUAUCCGGUGUAUCAUCCAAUAUGCAACAACAAUUGCUAUUGGGUGUGGAUGCAACAGGGGGCAGUAGUUAUUUGGGCAGCUCCUAUGAGAGCAUAGGCCAGCAUUUUAAUAAUCUGCAAGAUGUAGAACAUCGUGAUAUGAAUGCAUUGAAACGUGAAUUAUCUCUGGAUUUGCAACCAUUGCAACCAACACGUCAAUCGCAAACGGUUAACAACAAUCGGGCAGCCACUUUGCCAGUGAAAGAACAACUUCAGACAGCUGCCGCCAUGUGCUGCUCCUCGCCGAAUAAUUCGAAUUUCACCGACAAUACUAGUCAAUCGGUAACGCCCAGUGAGUUUGGUUAUCAACAUUUGCAACGACAACUCAGCAUGCACUCAUUGCUGGCCACAGAGGAGAGUUCUCCCGUCUAUGAGGAUUUCGAACAGACGCCAAGUAAUACAUUUGCUGCCGCUGGGCCACAAAAACUUUUGGCUAGUCCCAUCAAGUCUACCAUAAGCAUAACAUACAAAUCGCCAGAGAAGGAAAAGCCGCCAUUAUUAAAUGAAAAACCAUCAACACUGCUAGAAACAAAUUUCGAUGAGAAUAUUGUAUAUGAGCAGGUAAAAUUGUUUCGUAAUUCGGUAACUGAAGUCAAUCAGAUGCUUAAUGAGAGGCAUAGCCUAAAGCAAAUUGAGGAGGAAGAGCAUGAUGGUGGUGCCUCAAAGGCCGCAGAAAUGACACAACAAUUGCUCGAUUUGGAGGAGCAGCAGCAUCAAUUACUCUAUGAGAAUAUUGAGUUACGUAAACCUCAAACAGUUUAUGAGAAUCUACGUGGCGAGGAAAUGAAAGUCAAUACUCAAAACGAUACAGACACAGAAACAACAAAAACUUGUGAUCGCAUCGAACUGGAUAGUUUGGAAAGUUUGCCUGAUAAUAACACUUUACAAGACGAACACGAAUCACUUCAAGAACAACAACAACAACAACAAAUGCCAGAAGAAGAAACAAUGGCACAACUUUCAUAUAGAAAAUCACCAUCGUUUAGUGUCAAAGAAUUGGCAAAUAAAUUUGAAAGUUCACCCGUUGAGCAAUUGCCAAGUUUUGAUUUCUCUCUACGCGGUGGCUCAAUGAAGAAACCAAAUGAAUUGAGUGUACCCAAGCCCAUCAAUGCAGGAUUAGGUGGAGGAGGAGGAGUAGGAUCUGGUGCAGUCGCAACUGUUCCUGCUUCACUUAAAAAACUCAAUAAUGCACAGAAAAUUACUCGUUCACUGGAUGAGAAUGCAUUUGUACGUGAAUUUGGUGGCAAACAAUUGCAAGAUUUAUCAGUAAAUAAAUUGCCUGAAAUGAUAAUGCCCGAUUUGAAUAAUCGUCGCAAAAGUUUCGAUUUCACGCGUCCCAAGACAUUGAAUCCACCCAAACGUUUGCCUGGCAUGAGCAUUACCGAGGAGAUUUGUCAGAAACGUGAACAAAUUACACCCACAACCGAGAAUCGUAUCUCGUUAAUCCAACAAAAUAAUAUACCCAAAGAGACGUCUGCCAUCAUCACAACAUCGACUCCAGUAUCCUUGCCACAGCAGCCACCAUUGGGAGUGCCGCCACCAAGCAAUUCGGGACGCAAGAGUGUCCUUACCGGAGUUAUACUUGAUCGUGAGCGCAUUGAUAAGAUCAAAGAGGAACGUCGCCAGCAAUUGACACAGAAAUACUAUGGCGAUACUCUGAAAUCACGCUCAAAAACUGAACUCAACAGCGAGGAUAAUAAUUUCCAAACAGCCGAAUCAUUACGCAUCAAGUCCAAAUCACGUGGAGAUGUACACACUUUGCAAAAGGAUAUGGAUAUGAACUUAAAGCAAUUGUCACGUGUGGCUGCCGCUGGUUCGGAGAGCACUUUGAAUACAGGCGACUAUGCAACACAACAUCAUCAUCAGCAACAACAACAACACCACCACCCACAUAAUCAACGUGUUCGUCGCAUUUCCGAUGAAAAGAAUCAAAAUUGUGAUACCAAUAAUGGGGGAAUAUCAACAACGUUGCUAAGCGUUAAAUCGGCAGCUCAAAAAUAUGAUACAAAUAAAGCAGCAGCAACGGCAGCAGCAGCAACUGUGGCACCACCAGCAGCAAUAACAACAACAACGACUGCACCUGGUAAAUUUGAACGUGCCUCAUUGCUGCCCUCACGUGAUCGAGGGCAAAGGAACUCAUUAAGUGCCAAUGAGUCAAAUGCAAGCGUCAACAAUAGAGAAAAGAUCUCACCACAAUUCUCAAUUCGCGAUGUGACAGCGAUGUUUGAAUCUCGUUCACAAAACCAAUAGACUAAGGGGGACAAAAAUUACCAACUAUUUGUACAUCGAAUAUGAAAUGAAUGAAGAUGACAACUGCUAAAAUGAUAUAGCCGUUCAUGCGUGUUAUUAUAUAAUAUACUCUAUAUAUUUAUAUAUAUAAAUAAAUAUAUAUAGUCUAUACAUUUUUUUAUAUAUGUAUUUUAUUUAGUUUCUAAACAUUAUCGUUUAAGUCGCAAUACCUACAUACAUACAUAUACAUGCAUACAAAUUCAAGUGGCUGCCAAAGACAUGAAAUUUAUAUAUACAUAUAUACGCCACUUGAUAAAAAAAUUUUAGUUUAUGGACGACUAUGCAAAAUUUAAUUUUGUUUUAAGAGCGCAUAUUAAAGAAAAAGAACUAAAAGACCCAAAAACCACGCCCAUUGCAUUGAGGUGAUGUUUGUUUUUUUUUUAUAGUCGUUAAGUUUCAUACGUUUUUGUUUUAUACUUUGACAAAAGAAAAAAAAAUUAUAAAUUUGUAUUAAAUUUAAUCGUUUCAUUUGUGUUUAGUGUGCUUAAUUUUUAGACGUUUUGGUUGUAAUUAAUUAUAUAUACAUAUAUUAUGAUUUUAUGAAAUUAUUUUCGAAACAAUGCAUUUUCAUGGCAACUUGUGCGUGUUG